AUGGCUUCCUUCCUCCCUGUCAACACCUCGGCCAUGACCGACGAUACCGCCAUGGAUGGUGCGACCACUCCUCGUGCGAAUCCAAAUGGCGUACCGGCCACCCCGGGUCGAUCUUCCACAACCGAGCAACGCAUCGACGGCGCCAUGACUACCGGACUGGAAAAAGACGUCUCCGUGCGGACGGUAACCUCUGGUCAUACGAGGACCUCUUCAAACUCCGACGAGACGAUGCACGGCGAUUCGGAGGGAGAAAAUGAUUUGACCGACCAGGAAGACGACCAAGGGAAUGCGCCUCCCUCAAAAAAGAAGAAAGGACAGCGCUUCUUCUGUACCGAUUUCCCACCUUGCAACUUGAGUUUCACCCGCAGCGAGCACCUGGCCCGACAUAUUCGAAAGCACACCGGUGAACGCCCCUUUCAGUGUCAUUGUUCUCGCCGGUUUUCAAGACUUGACAACCUUCGACAACAUGCACAGACCGUCCACGUGAACGAAGAGAUCCCCGGUGACUCGUUAGCCGCGACCGGCACCCGCUUUCAACGUCAGGUACGAACAGACCGAGUACGUCCUCCUGGCCGGGCACGAGCUGGUACUGGAGGCAGCCAGGGAGGCCACAGCAGAGGCCAUAGUCGGAAUCUCUCAACCUCCAGUAUCACAUCUACCGCCUCUACAUAUAGUCAACCCCCAGAGCUUCGGCGUAGGCCUCCGCCGUUGAUGAUGGCCACUGACCCGACGGCACGAGCUCGACUAGGACUGGAUCCGAUGGGAGAGCCCCCAAGUACGCCACCGGGCCAAGUUCGUGGCAUUCCAGGUCCUGCAGCCACAGGUUCGCCAUACACCCCAUCCAAUGCAUACUCUGCCGCAGCAGGCAGCAGUCCACAUUUCGCCUCGCCCAUGUCCACUGCGUCACACGGCUUCUGGGAGGGUAAGACAGCUGCCCGCCGGCUUUCUGUACCAACUAGUAGCAAUCCAUUUCUCGCACAGCAUGGAAAUGCGUAUCCUCCUGCUUACGCCAACUCACCCGCUGGGCCUCCCUACCCAACUGCAGCUGGUGUGUUUGCUAGCCCUACCAGCAGCAACUACCCGGCUUCACGGGACGAGAGUACAAUCAGCGCUGCCGAAGCCGAAAUGCGGAGACGAACCUGGCAUCCUUCCACCUACCCUACGUUUGGUCGGCCAAGCACUAGCGGCCUGAGUCAAUAUCAUACACCCGACACCGUCCAGCCUCCAUCAUUCGGAGUCAACAACUCGACUGAGCAACCACCUCGACUACCCGGAAUCGAGAGUUUCGAUAAAGUUGUCUCCCAGCAGCGACCUUUGACUCCACCUACUCGAAAGGCGAGCCCAAUGCAGCUUGAUAAUCAACACCGCCCGCCUCCACCGACUUCCACCCAGGCAUUUGGCUCCACUUUCAACUACUCUCAACCGUCGGUGCGGCCCGCGCCUCCAAUUUCUGGCCCCGGUCAUCGUCGUGGCCAUGUAUCUUGGGAUAUGUCUCUGCAUACCAAUCUGACGGGUCUUGAUAUCCGUGAUCGGCGGUUAUCAAGGGACGCAUCGCAGUGGAGCCAACAGACCAUUCAAGAACUUCAUAAUGUCUCCUCUCGGCCCUCUUCAUCUUACCAACCGACAUUCGGACCCACUGCGGAACGAAGCCCCGAGGAGCAUCGCGGGCAUGCGCAUAACCUCUCGACUGGAAGCCGACCGUCACACACUUCCCCAGAAGAUUCCAGCAGCAGCGAAGGAGUUCACACCCCAUCCACGACCUCGGUCGAGUACCAUCCAGCGAUCGUACACAGCAGCGGAUAUAUUGAAUCUCACGACUCCUCACUUCCAUCCGCUCAUCCGCAACCGAUCUGUGGUCGACAAGCUUCUCACGCCGACGGCUACCCUGGUCAUGCCGAGCAAGAGCCCCGAUCGGAUGCCUUCACAGACUCCUCCGCACGAGAUUCUGGUAUGGGACGGCUUGAGGCCCUGGUGGCUGUCGCAACUAGUGAAAACAAAGGGACUGCCAAGCUGUUCCUGUAA